AUGAUAAAUUCAGAUUCCGGGCCAAUUAUACAAUACAGCUUGUUGAGCAAUAAUUCUUUAUUUGGGAACCAAUCUACCCUUGAGGUUGUAAAUACCGACAAGAACAAAGAUACGGACAAGCUACCUGACUACGAAAUUUAUAUCUAUGCAUCCGGAUAUCAAUAUGCCUAUACCAACGGAUAUUACACAAGUCAAAAUAAGCAGCCCGACAUCACCAACAUUAUGAGUAAGUGGUUCUUACCGUUUGGUGAUCUUUGGCAAGAGUGCCCCGAAAAUAAAUUCAAUGUGAGCCAAGGGUUGGCCUUCCAAGCAAUUGGGAGUUAUAUAUAUCCCUUCCACAACUAUACACACCUACAGAAGUUGGUCUGGUUUAGUAUGCCCACGAGAAAGUCUGAUCUUGUGAACUUGAUUGGUUAUUUAAGGUGCUCUUCACGACCCCAACCCUUACCCUUUUACGUCCAUCAGACCCAUUCCCAAAACCUCCAAAAUUGUUUUGGGAAUGGGUCUGAUGGACGUAAAAGGGUAAGGGUUGGGGUCGUGAAGAGCACCUUUAAAUCACUUGAUCUUUGUAUCAUCAGCUUAGAGAAAGAAAAGAAAAAGACGACUGCCUACAAUCUCAAAGAGAUCGUUCGGCCAACGUUUGACUCACUCUGUCAAGUUGAUGCCUUUAUUACUCUCUCGUUCUCGGGAGACAGUUAA